UUGUGAGAUUUAUGAAGCAAACUAUAGACUUCAAUGAGACUCGGGACAGCUGAAGAGUGUGAUUAGCAUUCAUAAAUGGGGCAGAAAUUUUGUGACAAAUUAUAAAAUCUACCUUCUCUUGGUUUCUAUACCUUUCCUGUCAAUGUUUUACCAUUACACGGAGAACGCUGAGAGCGCCAUGGAAACCAUUUCCCUUGUUCACGAAACCGGAAAGCUGUCAAAAAGAGUACUAGUGUUCGAUUUUCAGGGCACCAUGUUGAGAUCCGCUUCACUGUUUCCUUACUUCGCGCUCGUAGCUUUUGAAGCGGGCGGUUUAUUAAGAUAUCUCCUUUUAUUACUUUCUUACCCUCUGGUGUGGCUGGUUGGAGAAGAAAGCCAGGUGGGGCUGAACAUAAUGGUUUUCUUGACCUUCUUUGGGAUUAAAAAGGACACAUUCAGGAUUGGAUCCUCUGUUCUUCCGAAGUUCUUCUUACAAGAUGUUGGGCGUCCAGGUUUUGAAGCUGUUCAGAGUUUUGAGAGAAAGGUGGCGACAAGUAAAAUGCCAAGAGUUAUGGUUGAAUGCGUUCUGAAGGAGUAUUUAGGAGUCGAUGCUGUAGUAGCGAGAGAGAUAAAGUCAUUCCAUGGGUACUAUUUGGGACUGCUUCAGGAGGAGAAAAAACAUAACAAAUCCCUCCUAGAUUCCAGCAGCAUUGUUGGCAUAGGUAGCCAAACCAUGAACGCUGAGCAGGAGGUAAGGGAGGCGAGUGAUGCUGAGAAAACAACUUGGGAAGUCCUUCCAAGGGAGAGAUACCCCAAGCCAGUGAUCUUCCACGAUGGAAGAUUAGCCCUCAGGCCAACCCCUCUGUCUUCUUUAGCUUUGUUCAUGUGGUUACCACUCGGGCUGGUUCUCUGCAUGCUCAGAUUCACGGUUGGCAUAUCACUGCCGUUCAACGUGUCAGGUCCAAUAUUGUCAUUUUUAGGCGCAAGGACCACAUUAUCGAAAUCCCACUACCCUCAAUAUCUGAACAAAGAAAUUGAGCAAAGGGGCACGCUGUACGUGUGCAACCACAGAACUUUACUCGACCCACUUUAUAUUUCGUAUGUUAUAAACAAGCCCCUCUCUGCUGUCACAUACAGCUUGAGUAGAUUCAACGAGCUCGUUUCCCCAAUCAGGACAAUCCGAUUAACCAGAGACAGAGAGAAGGACAGCGAGACAAUGGGGAAGAUGUUGAGCUCUGGAAGCCUUGUGGUGUGUCCGGAGGGAACCACUUGCAGGGAACCUUAUUUGCUACGAUUCAGUCCGUUGUUUGCGGAGCUGACCGAUGAUAUUGUCCCUGUUGCUGUGGAUGUGCAGGUUAACAUGUUCUACGGGACAACAGCUUCUGGGAAUAAAGCUCUGGACCCUUUUUACUACUUUCUGAACCCAAAGCCUAACUAUUGUGUUAAGAUUUUGGCGAGAUUGCAGCCAUGUAAUACGUGUAAGGCAGGUGGGAAAUCCAGGAUUGAAGUUGCCAAUUACGUGCAAAGUCAGAUCGGCAAGGCUUUAGGGUUUGCAUGCACCAGCUUCACUAGGAAAGACAAGUAUAUGACUCUUGUGGGACAUGACGGCGUCUGCAAGCGCCCUUCAGGGGAGCCAGGUCACUAGACAAGGGAAGAAUUUCAAAAGUCCAAUGGAGUCGGGGCACGGGUUGCUUUUGCUUCAUUCGUCUAUAUACGCCAACUUCAGCAUGAUAUAAUUAGUGAAUUAGAAAUGAAAACCGUGUUAUGUGGCUAUACCUAUAGCUUGUAAUGCCAACAGGGGCAACAAGACAAUGGAAAUUGAAACAAGUGGCCUUUCAGGUUUACACUAGGAUGGUCUUUCAACUGCUUUCCUUUUUUAUUUUUUAAACCUAAAUUAAAUUGAACUUUUAUG